AAGGACAUCUAAAGUCUAAACAAACCAUUUUAGCUCCGUAGUAUUUUGUAUUGGUAACUUAAAAAAGAAGCACUUGCAUAAUUGCAUUGCACGGUAAGAAAACACAACACCGCCACCAACUAUGUCCGACACCACAGCAGACGAAUCACCUUCCGCCGGAGCAAUUUCUGACGCCGGCGAAACUCAACAACCAGCUCCGGCAGAAAAUCUCUCUGAAAAAAUGGAGAAAAUGAACAUCUCAAGUUCAUCCUUCAGCAUUUGGCCACCUACUCAACGCACAAGAGAUGCGGUGAUCAACCGUCUCAUCGAGACACUUUCUACACCUUCCGUUCUCUCUAAGCGCUACGGAUCGAUGCCUCUCGAUGAAGCUUCUUCCACCGCUAAAGCCAUUGAAGAGGAGGCCUACACCUUCGCUGCUGCUGCUGCUUCAUCUGCUUCUUCUGCUGCUUCUGCUUCCUCCAUUGAUGAAGGAAUCGAGAUUCUUCAGGUUUAUUCUAAAGAAAUCAGCAAACGGAUGCUUGAUGCUGUCAAAUCUAAGGCUGUUCAACCUCCAAUUGAUGUUUCUGUUGCUCCGGAAUCUGAUCGUGCUACUGUUGCAACAAGUGAGGAUGUUUCUUCUUCCGUUGAUAAUGAAUCUUCGUCUUAGGGUUUUUUUUUUCUUGAUUGCUGGUUUAAUUAACUCCGGAUUUGGUUGUGUUAUUACCAAUUAUUACUAUUAUCUACAUUCUAUGUGUUGUUACUUGUUAGGAGUAUUCUAGAUUUAUGCCGUAUGCUGUGCCUUUUUGUGCAGCGUAGUGAUCUUGACUUGAAUUUUGAGGAGUAUUUGGUCUUGUUAUAAUUUGAGUAUAUCUUCAUGCUCCUAUAUGGUAAAAUCAUUAUGAAAAUCUA